AUGGAAGACCUUGGCUUGAUCUUUUGGAAACAGUGGCGAUCGAAGGAGGCUGAAAUUAUACACGCCCAGGUUUUUGAGAACAGGAAAAAGAUUCUCGGUCUUAGGCAUCAUGAUACGCUGAUGAGUAUGUCGAACCUCACAGUGGUCAUUUUGGAUCAGGGGCGAUUCAAGGAAGCCGAAGAGCUAAGCAUCCAGGUUGUGGGGCUACAAAAGGAUGUUCUAGGUGCCGAGCAUCCUGAUACAUUAACGAGCAUAACCAAUCUUGCGUCGUCACUUUAUGAUCAGGGACGAUGGAAAGAGACGGAAGAGCUUGAAAUUCAGGUGCUGGAGCUGGAAAAGAGUAUCCUGGGUGUCGAGCAUCCCGAUACGUUAAUAAGCAUGGCUAAUCUUGCGGCGACAUUUUGGAAGCAGGGGAGAUGGAAAGAAACUGAGGAGCUUGAAGUGCAGGUACUUGAGACACAAAAGAAUGUUCUCGGUGUUGAGCACCCUAGUACGCUGGGGACGAUGGUGUCAACUUUUCGAAGCCGUGGGCGUUAUCAAGAGGCCGAGCAGCUUGGAAUUGUGGUUUUGAAUCUCAAGAAAAAGGUUUUGGGCGAAGGGCACCCCAAAACGCUCAUUAGCCUGGAGCACUUAGGCCUGACCUUUGGGAAUCAAGGGCGAUGGAAGGAGGCUGAAGCUCUUGAAGUGCCCUUGUUGGAAUCAUCUAAGGCCAUUCUAGGUGUUGAGCACCCUCUUACGCUCAAGCGAAUGCAGAACCUUGCGCGGACCUGGAAGAGUCAAGACCGCCUCAAAGAUGCCGUGGCCAUGCUUAAACAAUGUGGGAAGCUACGAACGAGUUGCCUUGGCGAAGACCAUCCCGAUACGGCCGAGACAUUAUCAGAACUGUCUUCAUGGAAGCAGGAAUUGAGUGAUCACUCUCUACUGAGAACCUGCUCACUGGAAGUCAACAAAUCUUCAAGCGAGGGUGAGCCGAGCCACAAUGACUGUUACUUUCCGACUCGAAAUGUCUCGCAUCUCUUUAAGCUGAGCAAUCCACUUGUCGGAUUCCACCCAAUCCUCUCUUCCUUGAAGGCCUCGAAUAUUGCUACAAAUCGUGGUCAGGAUGAUGACGAUUUUGACUGA